GGCAUGGGCCUGUGCAAGGCUGUAGUUUCUGUUUGAAUUUGGUUGGUUAUGUUAAUGUUCGGCUCGUCUCAGCACCAAUGAAUCAUUUGGUAAUUAUACGAUAUUACAGGCCCGGAGAUGAAUUAUUCUGUCGUGAGAUUAUUAAAGAAGGAACCAUGUCAACUGUGAAUACAGCGUUCAUUGCUGGACUGACCCGAGAAAUCACAUUUCAAACGAUGGUUCUUAUGGCGGCUCUUAUGUUCAUUUUCUUAGGUGUUCCAUUUAGUGUUUGUGUUUGGUCAGUACCAGCUGUCAUUAUACUAAUGUACUUAUUUAUAUGGUUUGGGCAUACAUUCAAAGCAAUAGAAAUGGCACAAGACGUUUCCAACAUUCCACGUGUGUACAUGUCCUCGGAGUAUACAGGAUUUUGGGUUGCUGAAGUUCAUGAACCCUAUUUCAUGACAAGGGAACCAAGUCAAGUCAAAUAUACGGUCACGACAGAACGAGAACUUAAGGAUAACAAUAUUGAGGUAACUCAACAUCUUGGGAAGAAAAUUGUGGGGACAAUAGCCAUCACACGAAACAAGCACUCCACUGAUACGGCAUGGCUGAGGAGAAUGGCAGUAAGCCCGAAGUACCAGCGGAAAGGCAUUGCAUCUGUGCUUGUGGAUGAAGCACUGAGAUUCUGCAAGGAUAAGGGAUACUGUGCAGUGGAGCUUGUGACCUCUGAAUGCCAUGAUGCUGCACGAGAGCUUUACCUGAAGAAGGGUUUUGACUUGAAGCAAAUAUACCACAAACCAAUAGUUGGAACUAUAGUGACAAUACAGAUGUAUGACUUCUUGUUCCGCAUCAAGCCCAGUGAAAAGCCGCCCAAUUAUUAAAUAUUAUGAUAUGUUUUGCUGAGGAUUAUUUCUGAAAGGUCAGCAAAUCAACUGAUAUUGUUCUGUGUGUAUUACGAAUCUUCUGCUGUAUAGAGCAACCUUGAUGGAGGGAGUAACACUGAAGUUUUUGGUUUUCCUCCUGUAAAAUACAUAAGGGUAAUUGCAUACAGCUGUACUUUGUUCACUGUCAUAAGUUUAUCUUAUUUUGUUUUCAUUAACUUUUUUUUACCAUACCUGCUGCUGCUGCUAAUGUAUAUGGAGAGUGAAUUGCCAAGGGUUGAUGUCUGAAGCGAAGUGGUUUGUGAAUUUUUUUUUUUUUUGGUUACAAGGUGAUUCAUGACCUUUAUGAGUUGAAUCUAAGUAAGGGUUAAGAUGUUUGUAAAAACUGAAAUUUAAAAGAGAAAUCAGUUUAUUGGUGCAAAAUGCCAUGUGCAAGAGAAAAGAAAUAUGGCUUUCACUGCAUAGAUGCAAGAAAUCAAUAAACUGUAAAAGUACAUUUUUGAUAAUCCGCCAUGUUGUAAGCACCCAUGUGCAUAAAAAGUUAUUGUAGUGUCAGUUCUACUAAAAUAAUGGACCAGUUAGUCAUGCAGUUUUCAAUUCUUCACUUGUGUGCUUGUGUAUACAUGCUCAAGACAAUAUACCAGUGGCUGAAUUUAACAGAA